AUGUCUGUAGGUGAAUAUGCUGCUAAAUUUCAUGAAUUGAUGAAAUACUGGCCUCACUAUCAACAUAAUGAUGGAGAGGAAGAUCUAUGUGCUCAAUUUGAACAUGGGCUUAGGCAAGAUUUUGAGCUGCUAAUAUUUGAAGCCAAUACUAAGAGUAAGACGGUGGAUACCAGAAUCGGUGGUCCUGUGAGGCAAGACCGAAGGCCUCCAAGAUUUUCUAGAGGACCUGACUCUAGUCCAAAUCAGUCUCAAGUGAAGGGGACUGUAUCUCAAGAAGAUAGUAGUGGUGGUUUAGGUUCUUUCAGAAGGCCACUAAAAUGUUUCAAGUGUGGUGGGCCUCAUAUUAAAAAGAAUUGUCCUCAACUUCUACCAACAUGUGACAUUUGUGGGAAAAUGGGACACUCUGCUAGUGUCUGUUGGUCUGCACCACAAAAGAGCGGAAGCAUGAGUGUGGAACAAAGACCUGAAUCUAGAGCAAGCACUGGAACAAAGCCAAAUGUGAAAGGAAAAGUUUUUGCUAUGAGUGGAGCUGAGGCCUCAAAAUCAGAGGAGCUUAUUAGAGGUAAAUGUAUCAUAAAAGAUCGACUUGUAGAUGUGUUGUUUGAUUCUGGUGCUACUAUUUCCUUUAUCUCUGUGGAUUGUAUGAGAUGUCUAGAAUUACCUGUAUCUAAAUUGUCUUGUGAUGUUAUUGUAUCUACUCCUACGGGUAAACACAGAGUUGCUUUUGUUAUUCAAGUAGUACUUGAUGGAAAUUUGAUUUACUAA